AUGGCCUUCACGCUGUCUCUUCUCGCCCUGACGGGCCUUGCCGUCCAGGGCGCCGUCGCCGCCAACUGCACGCGCGACGUGCUGGCGGCCGCGGCCUCGGCGUACCUGGCGGGCGCCGCGGCCGGCAAGCCGCCCGCCAACGUGGCGCCGACCAAUUUUACGUACGAGGAAAACGACGUGCCGCUCGACAUUGGCCAGGGCAUCCUGGCCCGGCCCAUCUCGAUUGAUUUCAACCGCACGUUUCUGGACACGGAGGCGUGCGGCGCCUUUAUCGAGUACAACGCGGCGUCCAACACGCCGCCGUACGUCGUGAUUGCGCGCGUCUAUGUGGCGCCGGGCAGCGGCGGCAACAGCAGCAGCGGCGGCGAUCCCACACCGCAAAUCACCCGCAUCGCGUCGGUCGUGACGAAGCCGGGCGACUGGGCGUUCAACGCGGCGACGCAGCUGGCGGCGGACAAGAAGGAGGCGUGGCCGGCGAUCCCCGCGGGCCAGCAGGACACGCGGGCGGUCCUGAAGGCGGCGGCCGACGCGUACCUGGACUCGUGGGGCAACACGACGUUGGCGCCGCCGUUUGGCACGACGUGCUCGCGCAUCGAGGGCGGCACGACGACGGGCCAGACGGGCAACACGUGCAAGAUGCAGCCGUUCCCGUCGCCCCUCACGAUUGCCAAGCGGCGCUACAUCAUCGACCCCGUGUACGGGGCGGUGGACAUUUUCAACAAUUUCCCCUUUAUCGACACGGCCAAGCCCGACGGGACGCCGAGCACCAACCUCUACCGGAUCGAGGGCGGCAAGAUCCGCUACAUUCACGAGCUGACGUGGAAAAAACGGCAUCACGCCCGUGCUGUUGACAAUUUUGCCGGCAUCGGCGUCGCGCUCGCCCGCCACGACCUGCUGGAUCAGCUGGCCGCCCACAGACGGGUGGCCCGCGCCCAUCGCUAUGAGGCGCUCUUUGAUGUUGCCCAGGUUGGUGACCAGCAUGCCGGGCGAAAUGGAAAAGGUCUUGACGCCGUCCGGCAGCAAGACGUGGUGCCAGUUGAGCAUCAGCAUGUUGAGCGCGCACUUGGUGGCGCGGUACAUAAAGGGGCUGCCAAAGUACGUCUUGGGCCAGCCCGUGGCGGCGGGGGCCGGGCCGGCGUAGUAGGCGGCGGCCAUGUUCUGCUGGGACGCCAGGCCGCUCGUCAGGAACAGCAGACGCGGCUCGCGCGACUUGAUGAGCAGCGGCGCGAACGUGUACGUCAUAAUGUCGGCGCCCGACACGUUGACGUCAAAGUCCUGCGUCCAGACCUGGCGCCGGCUCACAGCGCCGGCGGCCAGCUGGGGGUCGACGGCAUGGCCGGCGUUGUUGACAAGGGCGUCGAUGUGGUCGACGUCCUUGGCGACGGCCGUGAAGGCGGCCUCGAUGGACGCGUCGCUGGCCACGUCGACCUGCAGCAGGUCAAUGGUGCUCUGGGUCUCGGGCACUUCGGCCAGCACUUGGUCACGUGCGGCCUUGCCUUUGUCGAGGGAGCGGCAGCCGAGGAAGAUGCGGUACGGCGCGGCUUUGUCGUUUUGGAGAAGAGCCUUGACGACUUCGUAGCCGAGGCCGGUGUUGGCACCCGUGAUGACGACGAUCUUGGACAUGAUGGGGUGUGGGAAGUAUAG